AUGUCACAGGCAGUGUGCGUGCUAUUGGAUUGUCAAAAUAUUUUUUCUGCGUUAUAUUUCAGCUUAAAGCCAUUCAUUAAGCUGAAUGCUACAGACAGUGCAAAGUUAAAAUUUUGCUUUUGUCAGCACAACUUGUGCACUUGGCCACAAUGUGAUCAACCAUGUGAAAAUUUCGCUACAUUUCUGCAUCAUCUUACGACUACUCAUACACUUGAUGAUCGAUCUACUCAGCAAUGUCGAGCUCAGAUCGAAGUGGUUGAUAAUUUAGAACAUAGGCUUAAUCGAGAACGUACCAGACUUCAAGCUAUGAUGCAACAUUUACAUAUGAAACAAUCUCCUGAUACUACUACGCCAAGCAUAGGCACUUUACAGCAAUCUCAAGAUCCGAUAUGUGUUCCAUCACCGGCGCUUUUAGAAUCAAAAGGCGCAGAUUCUUUACCUGAACAGCAGCAAAUACUGAUGUCAUUAUCGCUGCCGAGCGUGUCAAAUAUUGAGGAUUUACAUCAACAACAUUCAGAACAACAACACCAUUCCCUUCAGCAUCAUCAUCGCACUCCUCCAACUCCAAGGCGGAAAAUCAGUGAUAAGGUUGUCCUCCCCAUAUCAACGGAUAUUGCACGAAACCGUGAAUUUUACCGAACACAUGACGUACGCCCACCAUAUACUUACGCAUCCCUCAUUCGUGAAGCUAUUAUGGAAUCUAAAGACUGCCAGUUAACUCUUAACGAGAUUUAUCAAUGGUUUAUGGAAACAUUUGCAUAUUUCCGAAGAAAUGCUGCAACUUGGAAAAAUGCCGUGAGACAUAAUUUAUCAUUGCAUAAGUGUUUUGCUCGUGUUGAACAGAACGUAAAAGGUGCUGUAUGGACCGUAGAUGAUUCGGAAUUUUAUCGUCGUCGACCACAACGUGCCCAUGCAUCAAGGAGUACACCGUCAACGCCAAAACCUGAUAAUCCAUUGAGUUUGUUAUCAACGGCAGCUGCGGCAUCUGCGGCAAGUAUGAUUGUAGAUGGUGAGCACCCGGAAACUGCAUUACUACGAGACAUUAAACAGGAGAUGCUGACUUCGGAUAUUGUUACUCCGAAUUCAUUGCAGAUGUUCAUCAAAGAAGAAGAUUCAAGUCCAAAACUUGAAGUUGAUGAAGGAUCAUAA